CAAUAGCAUUGCAGUUGCAUCCCCAUCGGACAAGUUCGCGUGUUGUUCCGUUCGUUGUUUAGUCUUCGAAGUGCUGGUUGGUAGUGUGUAGUUAGGUCUCUAUAGAUUUGUGAGAUAUUUUGCUACUGAAACGUGAAGUAAAAAAAUGUAUGAUGAUGAAGAUCAGUAUGAAGAAGAUGAUGCUGAAGAGAUUUCCUCCGAAUUGUGGCAGGAAGCUUGUUGGAUUGUUAUCAAUGCCUAUUUUGAUGAGAAGGGUUUGGUGCGACAGCAAUUGGAUUCAUUUGAUGAGUUCAUACAGAUGUCAGUACAGCGUAUUGUUGAAGAUUCACCACAGAUUGACCUUCAGGCUGAAGCCCAACAUACAUCUGGAGAAAUUGAAAAUCCCCCUCGCUAUCUGCUGAAGUUUGAACAGAUUUAUCUGUCCAAGCCUACACAUUGGGAAAAGGAUGGUGCCCCAUCACCCAUGAUGCCAAAUGAGGCCCGUCUCCGCAACCUAACAUACUCAGCUCCACUGUAUGUUGAUAUCACAAAAACAAUUGUUAAAGAUGGAGAAGAUCCUAUUGAAACACAGCAUCAAAAGACAUUUAUAGGAAAGAUUCCUAUCAUGUUAAGGUCUACAUAUUGUCUGCUAAAUGGGCUUACAGAUCGCGAUCUUACGGAAUUGAAUGAGUGUCCACUUGAUCCUGGUGGAUAUUUCAUUAUUAAUGGUUCUGAGAAGGUAUUGAUUGCCCAGGAGAAGAUGGCAACUAAUACAGUGUAUGUGUUCAGCAUGAAAGAUGGAAAAUUUGCUUUCAAAGCUGAGAUACGCUCCUGCCUCGAGCAUUCCUCACGUCCGACUUCUACUCUUUGGGUUAACAUGUUGGCCAGGGGCGGCCAGAGCAUCAAGAAGUCAGCGAUUGGCCAGCGUAUCAUAGCCAUCUUACCAUAUAUCAAGCAAGAAAUUCCCAUAAUGAUUGUGUUCAGAGCUCUUGGCUUUGUGGCUGAUAGAGACAUCCUGGAGCACAUUAUCUAUGAUUUUGAUGAUCCAGAAAUGAUGGAAAUGGUGAAGCCAUCCUUGGAUGAAGCAUUUGUGAUUCAAGAACAGAAUGUGGCACUCAACUUUAUCGGUGCCAGAGGUGCUCGUCCUGGUGUUACAAAGGACAAACGUAUAAAAUAUGCUCGUGAAAUCUUACAAAAGGAAAUGUUGCCUCACGUGGGGGUAUCAGACUUCUGUGAGACCAAGAAAGCUUAUUUCUUAGGGUACAUGGUACACCGGCUACUGUUGGCUGCAUUGGGCCGUCGGGAGCUGGAUGAUCGCGAUCACUACGGAAAUAAACGGCUGGAUCUUGCUGGUCCCUUGCUUGCUUUCCUUUUCAGAGGUUUGUUUAAAAAUCUGAUGAAAGAGGUUCGUAUAUAUGCCCAGAAAUUUAUUGACCGUGGGAAAGAUUUCAACCUGGAACUGGCCAUCAAAACGAAGAUUAUAACCGACGGAUUACGAUACUCUCUGGCUACUGGUAACUGGGGAGAUCAGAAGAAAGCGCAUCAAGCCCGCGCCGGAGUGUCUCAGGUAUUAAAUCGCUUGACAUUUGCUUCAACAUUAUCUCAUCUCAGGCGAGUGAACUCACCAAUUGGUCGCGAUGGCAAACUGGCCAAACCUCGACAAUUGCACAACACACUGUGGGGCAUGAUCUGUCCAGCUGAGACACCAGAGGGUGCUGCUGUAGGGCUGGUGAAAAACUUGGCCCUCAUGGCUUACAUUUCUGUUGGAUCACAGCCAUCACCAAUCCUCGAGUUCUUGGAGGAAUGGAGUAUGGAAAACUUGGAAGAAAUAGCGCCUUCAGCAAUUGCUGAUGCCACUAAAAUCUUCGUUAAUGGCUGCUGGGUUGGUAUCCAUCGUGACCCAGAACAGUUGAUGGCAACUUUGCGUAAAUUACGAAGACAGAUGGACAUCAUUGUAAGUGAAGUGUCCAUGAUCCGAGACAUUCGUGAUCGUGAAAUUAGAAUUUAUACAGAUGCAGGGCGCAUAUGCAGGCCUCUGCUAAUUGUGGAAGGAGGAAACUUACUCCUGAAGAAGAAACAUAUCGAUAUGUUGAAGGAGAGAGAGUACAACAAUUAUGGGUGGCAAGUAUUGGUUGCCAGUGGGGUAGUGGAAUAUAUAGACACACUAGAAGAGGAAACUGUGAUGAUUGCGAUGUCGCCAGAUGACCUGAGGCAAGACAAGGAAUAUGCAUAUUGUACGACAUACACACACUGUGAAAUUCACCCAGCUAUGAUCUUGGGAGUGUGUGCCUCCAUCAUUCCUUUCCCAGAUCACAAUCAGAGCCCCAGGAACACUUAUCAGAGUGCUAUGGGGAAACAAGCCAUGGGUGUAUAUAUCACCAAUUUCCAUGUGAGAAUGGACACAUUGGCCCAUGUACUGUAUUACCCACACAAACCAUUGGUUACUACAAGAUCCAUGGAGUACCUGCGUUUCCGAGAGCUUCCAGCUGGCAUCAACUCCAUUGUGGCCAUUCUGUGCUACACAGGGUACAAUCAAGAAGACAGUGUCAUCAUGAACGCUUCAGCUGUUGAAAGAGGUUUCUUCAGAUCCGUUUUCUUCCGUGCAUAUAAGGAUGCAGAAUCAAAGCGGAUUGGUGACCAAGAGGAACAGUUUGAGAAACCUACUAGGAACACGUGCCAGGGCAUGAGAAAUGCUCUGUAUGAUAAGUUGGAUGAUGACGGAAUAAUCGCACCAGGUAUAAGGGUUUCAGGGGAUGAUGUUGUCAUUGGCAAGACCAUCACUCUUCCAGAUGCUGAAGAUGAGUUGGAAGGUACAACAAAACGAUUUACGAAACGAGACGCCAGCACAUUCCUCCGUAACAGUGAAACAGGAAUUGUGGACCAGGUGAUGCUGACACUUAACUCUGAGGGCUACAAGUUCUGCAAGAUUCGUGUUCGGUCAGUUCGAAUCCCUCAGAUUGGAGAUAAAUUUGCCUCCCGGCAUGGUCAGAAGGGUACCUGUGGUAUCCAGUACAGACAAGAGGAUAUGCCAUUUACAUGUGAAGGUUUAACUCCAGACAUAAUCAUUAAUCCUCAUGCCAUUCCUUCUCGUAUGACCAUUGGUCACUUGAUUGAAUGUCUGCAAGGGAAGGUGUCUUCAAACAAAGGAGAAAUUGGUGAUGCAACACCUUUCAAUGACGCUGUGAACGUGCAGAAGAUCUCAACACUUCUUCAGGAGUAUGGGUAUCAGUUGCGUGGCAAUGAAGUGAUGUAUAAUGGGCACACAGGCCGCAAGAUAAAUGCCCAGAUUUUCUUAGGGCCAACAUACUAUCAAAGACUGAAACACAUGGUGGAUGACAAGAUCCAUAGUCGAGCAAGAGGGCCUGUACAGAUAUUGGUGCGACAACCGAUGGAAGGAAGGGCAAGGGAUGGUGGUUUGCGUUUUGGCGAGAUGGAACGAGACUGCCAGAUCGCGCAUGGUGCUGCACAAUUCUUACGAGAGAGAUUGUUUGAGGUAUCUGACCCUUACAGAAUCCAUGUCUGCAACUUCUGUGGCCUGAUAGCUAUAGCUAACCUCCGCAAUAACACAUUUGAGUGUAAGGGCUGUAAGAACAAGACUCAGAUCUCCCAAGUGAGGUUACCAUAUGCUGCAAAAUUGCUGUUCCAGGAAUUAAUGGCAAUGAACAUUGCUCCUCGAUUGAUGGUCGUUUAAUAAAGCAAGUCUGAUCUUUUGUCUGUCAUACCCAGCCCUUCUUAAAUGUGAGAUGUGAAAAUGUGUUAUCGUAGUUAUUUGACUUCCUUCAUUAGAGCAGGACUUUCUGCAGAAGGAUUUUGUUAGUGACAUAUUUAUCUGAACAUAAGAUGAUCUGUUUUUAAGAUUGCAAUCAUCUGGGUUAUGAACCCACAUAGUUUCAUAGGUGGUUACUAGAGUUUGAGAGGAUCCUACUCUCUCCAUCCUCGAGGUAUCCUGAAGAUGGGGGCAGUUGAUAACCACUUACAGAACUUCAUGGCGUCAGAGCUUGAUCUUAUGUAGAUAAUUAUUCUUUUGAAGAUUCUUAAUUUGCAGAAAAAAGAAGAAAAUUACAUAAUUUUUCAUGAAACUUAUGACAACUGAUGAUGUAGAGACUGCUGUUGGCAGAUCCGCAUACCAGCAGUACCAUACUACCGGCAAGCAGCCAGUGCAGUGCUCUGUUGGCACACUGUGUUCCCAGAAUCUCACAAAGGAUCAGUACACUUCGGCUGUAUGGAGAGGUUAAUGAUGACAGUUUCAAUUGAACCUGUGCCAUUUUCAGUGCUAAUAUACUGCAGUAAACUCUAGAUCAAGACUUUUGGUGUAAUCACCAGUAGAGCCAACUCCUGCAACAUCAUGUGUAUCAGAUAUACUUCGGCAGGGAACACUGUCCAACAUGGCAUUUGUAUCACCAAUCAAUAAUUGUCAACAGAAUUUGAGAAUUAUAAGAAGAAAACAGUAAGUAUAUGGGGCUAACACCUCCGGAAUGCUGUAACAGAGCAGCAGAAUUCCCAUAUAAAAAUAUGACUGAUGUAAUUUUGCUCAUAUAUGUUGGUAGAGUUAUAUAAAAAGGUGAUUCUGUGUGAGAUAAUCUACAUUUAAUGAAGCAUGUGCACUACUAAGAUAUAUUCAGCCAUGAGAACUCUGGUUGUUUAUCAGUAAACUUUAUUUGCACAAUGUAAUACCAUAAUUAUGAAUUAUGAAUUAAGAAGAAAUAAAGUAUAUGCUUUUAGCCCA